GACAGCUGAGAGAGCGGGCCGUUGCGUCAGUUCGUCCACUCGGCAGGAUAAAGAAAGAAAUUGACAUUUUCCAUAAUUCAUCGUUUAUUCCCGAAGAAGAGCCAACCGCGCGUCUCUCCGGCGAGCGUUCUCCCUUCUCUCGAUCCCGGGGAAGCGUCGCGGAGGUACGAACUCUCUUCCUCGUUUGGUUACCCUCGCACCGGAGCAACAUCUGCCGACAUAACCGGACGUAACCGCUGCAUCGAUCCGAUACAACACCGCUCCCUAACCUGCACCCGCUCUCGCGUUGAUUCUGUCAGCUCGCGAUCAUCGGCGAGUCCCGGUCAUCGCGAUUGCCCAGUGUGAGGUAAGAGCAGAUUGCACGUGCAAGUUGAGAGAUCGGUAAAAGAAAAAAAGAAUAACGAAAAUGGAGUGCGCUCCGAUACGCGCGAAAAUUGCACGUGCAACGCCCGGACUCCCGGAGCGAAGCUACUCCUCGCCGUGAGAAAUAAAAUAAUGCUCUGUCGAAUGUCGUUGUCGCUCCUGGGCUUCCUCCGCAGUGCUGGCCACGGGGUGGACCACCGAUGUCUUGCAGAGGGGCCGUCGUCGCUUGCGCGUCAGGACGACGCAGUCGUGGGAAGAUCGAGGGAACGGAAUACGCGUCCCCCGACGCGCUCUUCGCUUCGUCGAAGACAGAGGGGAUUGGUAAGAGGGACAGAACUGACAGAAGAAGCAGGAAAACCGAGGCCUGGCACCAGACGAUGGUCAACAAGAACACCGACGUCGUCGAGACGGUAGCCGAUUUUGAGAAAUGGCUCAAGAUGCGCGGAACGGAGCAAUCGGUUUCGUCGGGCAUGGACCUGGACGCGGCCAAGGUGGUGGAGGGCGUAGACCGGUAUUUGGGCGAGGAAGUACUGUCGCAUGGUUACUUUCUGAGCAAGGAUCCAUAUGGUUUGUCUAUUGACAUCGAUCUGGCCGACGCCAAGAAGCUCAAUCUGUCAUCAGGCUACGAUCCGAUACUGCAGGAUCUGACGCAGAGUGAGAAUCGACUAUUGGAACCUCCAUGCGAGAAGGUCGUCGAUGAGUUUAUGCUGCCGGAAUUUCAGUUGGAUCAUCUGGAUUCACUCGCGGCGCUCUCUUCGGAUGACAUGAUGGUGGCUGGGGAGAUUCUGCCAUCCACCAGCAGUCAGCCUAUACUAAAUCAAAUAGAGAACCAAGAUGUUGAACAAAUUAAUCCAAAAAUGAAAAUUCUAGAACGGAACAGUACUGACAUACCUUGUGAGAAAUCUACGCAGGUUGCCCUCAAUGAAAUACCAGUGAAUUUAGGAGCCAUCAACAAGAUAGAGAGUGUAAAGUCAGAACAGGAAGCUACAAUACAGUGUUCAGGAAGUCCUUCGGAACUCUUCAUCGAGGCGUUAUCACCAAUGGAGGAGAACUUAUCAAAUUCCAUAGAAGCGGAUACUCAAAGUAGCAUAAUAGAACAAUUGAAGUCGAAGACUAGGAUGAAACUAGAACCGCGUAUUAUUAAAAAGCGUCGACAGAUGACAGAGCAAUUAGAGAAGAAACUAGAUAAGCACAUUAACGGAAAGAGUUUCAACGAUGCAGAUUCACAGGAUGGCGUAAUGGCUGUGGUUGCCAUAUCUACCGAUAAAAUAUCCAAUACGACGCAAAUUGUCAUCAACACCGGCACGGAGAAGCAGAUCUAUCAGGGCAAGACUUCGGAGCUGAUCGAGGCAACAGGUAAUUUUCCAAAGUUGCCCAAGAUAGAUACUUCUGCCGCGAUCUGGAACGGUAACGUCGAUAAUCUUGAUAAUCCAAGUAACUCGUACGAAAUUGUCAUAUCCAAUGCGCUGGAGGAAUUAGGCAUCACCGAUGACAGUCUGCAACCUGUAAGCGUUACCGAACACGACAAGGUAUGGCUCUGUCCACGGGAAGGAUGCAACAGACAGUUUGGCAGAUUGUACACUUUGAAAGGCCACUUGUUGGGCCAUUAUGGAGUUAGACCAUUUAAGUGCGACUUCGAAGGCUGCACUUGGGCUUUCUAUUCCGAAUUCAAACUGAAAAGACACAAGGAGACACAUCUAAAGCGCAAGGAUCAUGUGUGCCAAGUGGAGGGUUGCAACCGUCGCUUUACCACCGUCUAUAAUCUAUGGAGUCACGAGAAACUGCAUAGUCGUCCGAACAGGAUUGUUUGCCAGGUGCCGAACUGCGACGAAAAGUUUCAGACAAAGCGGGCACUGGAACUGCAUAUGAAAUCGCACGAUCAACGUCACGCGCCUUAUGUUUGCCAACACGAAGGUUGCGGCAAACGUUAUUACAGCAGUAACGCAUUGACGUCACAUCAGCGAUCGCAUAGCUACAAGGAAGUGGACAUCAAGUGCUCGUGGCCAAACUGCGGCAAAGUUUUCGACAAACCGUGUCGACUCAAGGCUCACACGCGCUCACAUACCGGCUGCAAACCUUACCACUGUACGUUUCAAGAUUGCAAAUGGGCAUUUUCAUCGUCCAGCAAGCUCAAGCGUCAUCAGAAGAAGCAUACGAACGAGCGCAAAUUCAUGUGCGACGCCCCGGACUGCGGCAAAGCUUUCAUGCGCUCGGAACAUUUAAAGGAGCAUCGGCUGACGCAUAAGGAAGGUCGUUUUUUUCAAUGUUUCGUAUGCGACGCCCGGUUCUCCGCCAAGAGCAGCCUGUACGUGCACAUUAAGAAGCAUCAACAGACCAAGACGGACAUAAACAUCGACAAUAUACCUUCAGAAUUCGGCUAUACUUCCGGCGAUCAGAAAGGACGCACAAGGACGAAGGACUCUGAUUGCUCGCGAGUGAAGCCGAUGGUCAAGUCAUCGAAACGAAAAUCCACGGAACUAACAAAUGCCAUAGAAUCUGUAAUGAAGGAGAACGACGUCGAGAAAUCGGAUAUGAUAUGUGACAUCAGUUCCCAGAACUCUCAGGAGCCGGAAUGGUUGUAUCGUUGUCCGAUCGAGCUCUGUGAUUAUCUGAUUGGGAACGAGCCGAGUUUUCGCGAGCAUCUAUUGAAGAUGCACAGUAUACGUUGCAACGAUUUGAUGGAUAAACCGUCCUCGGAUAAUUCCGACGUGGACUACAUUCUGUACACGGUGCACGAGUCACCCUCGCCUACGUCACCCACCGUCAUCGAGGAAGAACAGAUGGUUAUGGUGACAACACCCUGCGACACUGUUAUUCUCGGCACCUCAUCGUCAAACGCGGAUCGUCAAUGUCUACCGGACUCGGAACCGCCGUCUUUCAACACCCUUAAGAGCUCGGAAUCUCUGCACUCCGACGUGUGUGCUGAGCAAAUUGACAAGGGAACUCUGUCGCUCAAGAAGGAUCAGAGUUCUGCUAGGACAGAUCUGACAUAUUCGGACUGGUCCAGACUGAAAAACGGCACGCUGAUGGAUUCGACAGCGACGAAUACGUCGGAUGUUGCGUUGAACGUGAGUAGCGAUCUGAACGAGAGUUUAUUGUUCACGGAGGAACUACCAUCGAUGUACUAUCAGGACGAUGUGGCAGGUACGGAGUAUCAGGUGUUAUUACUGGACUCGAGUCCGCUUGAGAGUGCUGUGAAUUUGCGCGGUCUCGAAUGACUUUCGUGAUAAAUGCGAGUGAGACUUGAAUAACUUUUAUCAAAUAUAACUUUUAUGAUAGGCGAAUGUGAUCGAAUGACUGUUGUAUGAUCAUUUUGUAUGACACGACGAAUAUGAUUCUUUGUUAUUUUUAACGUAGCUUAAAAUUGACACGAUCGUUCUAAACCUAAAUCAAGAUGUGUGAUUAUUAUAUUAAACAUAGCUUUUAAAAAUGGUGACUCUAACACGAUCUGUGAUCUAGGAGCUGGCCUCAGCCUGAUAUCCAUUUGUACUAUUGCGGCUCAUAAUCGCUUUAAAUCGUUAUUUUAUUAAUAAAUCGUUGAUAUUUUUCCAUAAAAGUCAUUACCUGCGUAUUUUAUUGUUAUUGCUAUCCGACGCGUGUAAGUCGCAUAUAUUGUUUAUAAAUAAUUUACUAUUU